UACUGACCCUUCUUUUAAGAUGCCUAAAGAAGAUUAUGAAGACCCUCAAGUUACUGGAAAGAAUCGCUAUAAAUAUUUUGAAUGGCCUUUCCUUCCAUUUUACAAGCAGUUGCCACUCAAUGUUGUUCUUGCAACACCAAAAUCAGUGCCAUAUACAUCACCUCCUACUACAAUGGAACAUUUGAAAAUUGCUUUGGUGCGUACUCAAGGCACCCAGACAGAUUAUCGGGAUGGUGAAACUCAAACAGAUCCAUAUACACCAGAAUAUGUAGUAUGCCAGGAAACUAUCCCUGAGAUCUUGACCCUGGCUUCUCUCACUUGGGGUAGAGGCCUUCCAGCAGGCCUAGCUGAAGUAGAGAUGAUUGAACGUGCCAGAGAGAAACGUGCUUGGGAAGCUACUCUUCCACCUCUGAGUAAUGACUUGUUAUUCAAUAAGAGGAGAAAAAUGAUGAAUGACAUGGAAAGGAAGGAGUGGGCUUUUAGAGAACAUGAAAUUGAAAAACUACAGGAGCUUCAGCUGGAGGUCUUGAAACAACUGUUAAAGAAACGUGAAGAGGAUCAAAAUGAGGUGAACAUAAAGCGUUUGAAUGCCCAGUGGUCUGAUCUUCAGGAAGAAAGGGAAAUGAAAUUGUCAAGAAUUAAACAUGCACAUGUAACAGCAAUCAGAAAGAUGACAAUGAAGGGAAGAAACGUAGAAGGGAAAUUAGAAAGAAGAAACAUCAUCCGUGACUAUAAUGAUUUUGCAUCUCAAGCCUAUGGACCUCUUUCUCGAUUGGGUCGCUUUCCAGACAAUAAUUCAGAGCGUUUUGUUGUCAAAAACCACUUUCUUAGCACCUAUGAGGGAAUACUUGAACUUGAGGCCACCCUCCCAGAUUUUGUAACACAGCCUCGGAUCAGAACUCCAAAACCCAAAGCUAUCACCACGAAGAAUAAUUUUCUUAAAAAAGCAGCAAGACUGGAGCUUGAAUUAGCUGAGGUUCACCAGGCGCUGUUGGAAAAGAAGAAGAAAGUUCCUCAGCCAAAGAAAAAACUCUUCUUCCUUCAGAAAAGACCAGUACCAAUACCUCGACUUCCAACACCAACCUUGGAAAUGUGUUCUUCUGAAGAAGAGGAUAUUGAGAUGGCGGUUGUCUACUUGCAAAAGUUGCUUCGUGGCCGGGUCAUCCAGAACAUGAUGUUUGAGGGAAAAGAAAAGCGGUUGGAGUUGAUCCAGGAAUUGCGCACCAGCCAUUCGCUUCAAGAAGACGACAGACUGGUGAAGAAACUGGAGAAGCAAGUGACGCUUGCCUUGCAGCGGCAGCGGAACUUGCAUGAGGAGAAGAUGUCCAUGAUUGAUGAUUACUUGGCUGGACUGGAAGGAAAAUCCCUAGCAGACAUGUUUGAUUUCCUCUCGAAAGAACUCAUCCGGUUGCAAGAGGAGAGGCGCAUCCAUGCUUUUGCCAUGCUUGCGGAGAGGCAGCGUCGCAUUCGAGAAGCGGAGGAGAGUGGCCGUCGCCAGGUGGAGCAGAGGCGCCAACGAGAAGAGGAUCAGAUAUUCAAGGAGGUGAUUAAAGUUCACCAGAGUACUGUUACCUCCUAUCUGGAAGACAUCAUACUAAAUACUGAAGAGAGCACAGCAGAAGAGCAGGCCCGGGAAGAAAUUCAGAAGAUGGCUGAGGAAAUCAAUGACAUUGCUUACGAAAUAGAAAAUCGUCGAACUAAUCUUCAAUCAGAAGAGAUUGUUGCCGAGCUGGUUUAUAGUUUCCUGAUUCCAGAAGUGCAGAAAACAUUUGUGAAGGAGAAAGUGAGGAAUUUGCAAAAGAAGCACAUUCGUGCAGCUCAUCAGAUCAUCCACCAAAAUACUGAAAAAGUCAUACAGCAGGCUCAGAAGGAACUAGCUGUAGCUGUCAAGCAGAGACCAGAAUCAGAGAUUGAUAGGAUGUAUGCCAGAUUUGAAGCCAAAAAAAGAGGCAAAAAAGGCAAAAAAGACAAAAAGUCUGAUUAAGGUGAGUUUUACUUUCUGUGGUUUGCUUCUUAGCAUUUGUUGCAUAACUUGAGGUGAUCUGUGGAAUAAAAAGAGC